AUGGAGACAAACCUAGAUACAUCUGAAUCUGAGGAGUACGAGGAUGACUUGCUUAAAUUGGAGCAGGGUGACAUCCUGUGCUCUAGCACUAACGAUUACAUAGUGCAGGAAUUCUUGGGCAGCGGCUCCUUUGGAAACGUUGUGAAGGGUGUUAUAAGAGCAACCAACGAAAAUGUGGCAAUCAAAAUCUUGAAGGACCACCCACGUGUUGUUAAAUAUGCUAAGGCUGAGGUGGAAAUCCUCUCCCAGCUAAACAAGGAAAACCCAGACAAAUUUAACGUUGUUAAGCACUAUGAGUAUUUCCAACACAACGAUAACAUGUGCCUUGUGUUCGAGAUGUUAGAUAUCAGCCUAUACGACUUUAUUAAGAAACGCAACAAUAGGCCGCUUCCUGUGAGACACAUACGCCCUAUUGUGCAGCAGGUGGGCAAUGCACUGGAUAAACUACAGAGUCUACAGAUAAUUCAUACCGACUUGAAGCCAGAGAAUAUCAUGUUGGUAAACACGUCCAAGUACCCAUUCAAGAUCAAGGUCAUAGACUUUGGUUGUGCCAUCCAUACAUCCAAGGUUCGAGUUCCAAGCUACAUACAAACAAGAUACUAUAGGUCCCCAGAAAUAAUAUUAGCAUUACCGUUCUCGGAGGCUAUCGACAUGUGGUCUGUGGGGUGUAUCAUCGCAGAGCUUUUUACAGGAUAUCCAUUGUAUCCUGGAUCAUCUGAGUAUGAUCAGAUCCGCUACAUCACUGAGACCCAGGGUUUGCCCCCUGAUAACAUGCUCAAUUUGGGAGCAAAGACCGAGGAUUACUUUAGAAACGACAGCGAAUGUGAGGUUUUAUCAUGGAGUUUAAAGAGUGAAAACCACUACGAAUAUGAGACUGGUAUUAGUCCAGUGGAAACAAGGAGAUAUGUCUUCAGCUCUCUUGAUGAUAUAAGGAAGGUAAUUUUACCAUUAAAGUUGGUGAGCAGUGACACGCUGGUGGAGAUGGGAGACGUAUGGCAGUUUAUUGAUCUGCUGAAGGAAAUGCUUACGAUGGACCCAGACAAGAGAAUAACUCCGAUAGGCCUUCUCAGCCAUCCCUUCAUAACCAUGGCACAUCUCCAGCACUUUGCACGGAGUUCAUACGUAAAUCAUUGCUCCCAGGCCAUGGAGAUAAACAAAGAACAGGUGAGUAUAGUGAUAGUCCUCAUUAUGAUCCCAUUAAAAACCGGAGGGGAACUGUUAGGGGUGUCCAGUAGACAGCAAUGUGCAGCUGAAGAUGUAAUGGUUUCUCCAGCUUGUGGGAUGGGGAUCAUUAUUCAUAACUCUAAUUAUAACGUGAACACAGACAUAGAACAGGAGGUGUGUCCCGAGUCAGAGUCAUCGAAUGAAGAGGAAAAAGAGAAGGAUUACAACGAGAGACUUCUGGAACUUCAAUGUGCAGCUGAAGAUGUAAUGGUUUCUCCAGCUUGUAGGAUGGGGAUCAUUAUUCAUAACUCUAAUUAUAACGUGAACACAGACAUAGAACAGGAGAUGUGGCCUGAUCCUCCAGAAAUGGAGACAGAGUCAUCGAAUGAACAGGAAAAAGAGAAGGAUUACAACGGGAGACUUCUGGAACUUCAAUGUGCAGCUGAAGAUGUAAUGGUUUCUCCAGCUUGUGGGAUGGGGAUCAUUAUUCAUAACUCUAAUUAUAACGUGAACACAGACAUAGAACAGGUGUGUUUCGAGUCUCCAGAAAUGGAGUCAGAGUCAUCGAAUGAAGAGGAAAAAGAGAAGGAUUACAACGGGAGACUUCUGGAACUUGUGUGUUUCGAGUCUCCAGAAAUGGAGUCAGAGUCAUCGAAUGAAGAGGAAAAAGAGAAGGAUUACAACGGGAGACUUCUGGAACUUGAGGUGUGGCCUGAUCCUCCAGAAAUGGAGACAGAGUCAUCGAAUGAAGAGGAAAAAGAGAAGGAUUACAACGGGAGACUUCUGGAACUUCAAUGUGCAGCUGAAGAUGUAAUGGUUUCUCCAGCUUGUGGGAUGGGGAUCAUUAUUCAUAACUCUAAUUAUAACGUGAACACAGACAUAGAACAGGUGUGUUUUGAGUCUCCAGAAAUGGAGACAGAGUCAUCGAAUGAAGAGGAAAAAGAGAAGGAUUACAACGGGAGACUUCUGGAACUUGAGGUGUGUCCCGAGUCUCCAGAAAUGGAGACAGAGUCAUCGAAUGAAGAGGACAAGAAGGAACAGCUGAUAGAAGAAGAUUCUGGGAAGAAAGAAAAGGAAAAAAAGAAUGAUCGCAGCGAGAGACAUCUGGAACUUCAUACAAAUUCUAUCGCACUUGCAAAGCAAAUAGCUAGCCAAACUGAGGCUGAGCCCCUGGGAGCAUGUGAGAGUUCCCCAUCAGCACAGAUCGAGAUCCAAGACCAGCAUGCUCAAGAAGGACCUUUACUGGAAGAGUCAAGCGAAGCAGAAGAGAGCUGUGAAGUAGUUGCGGAGGAUAUGGAACCUGACACCCAGGAAAGACCACCUCAGUGCGGGAAGGAUACAUCGGAUGAAAACAAAAUCGAAAUCCUGAGUGAGUUUGAUGAAGGCGACAAAGUAGAGGAGGAGAAAAAAAAGAAAAAGAGGGGAUCCCGCGUGAGACGGUUGCUACGAGCCUUGUGCUGCUGCUUCCACAGAAAACCAAAGAAAUUGAAGGUGAACACACCUGAGACCUCAGAUGUCAUCAUAUAUCAAGUCCAUGGACUUUGCAAUUCGAGCAGAGAAAGCAGCACAGAGAGCGAAGCCGCAGCUUCCGCCCACUCCUCCCUGCCAUCAGAGCGCAGUGCAGGUAUGCUGCGGAAAUGGAAAUGUGUCAACGACCUGUCUCAAAUAGGAAUGUGA